GGGGACCAACAACUGAAACAAGCGCGGUUCAUUUCUCUUCCUACACCGAAUCGAAGCGACAACACAAACGUGUAGUUAAAAAGCAUUACGAAAAGGGUUAAGUCCGACCGCCCCGGCUCUGUUGUGCGUAUGCAAUAAUCUGUGUGGCUGCCUUGGCUGCCUGCCAAAGUAUUGCCUUGCCUCCACACACACACACACACUCUCUCUCUCACUCCCCCCCUCCUCCCUUUUGCAUGAAGUAGGAUCCUUGAGCUGUUGCAGAGGCAGCCAACUGCUCCAUAUUUGGCUUCUAUUACACAUUUACAUGCUGGAGGGAGAGAGAGCUGUACUGCAGACAUCAUUCUACUACAUUAGAGGAGACAUACAAGACCUGUCUUACUGCGAGGGGGGGCAGGCUUAAAAAAAAAGAAAGAGAGAAAGAGAAACGCAACAGUUCAGACCCCUUCUUCACGCUGCACUUUACAGAAAAGGUCAAGAAAGCUCUUCAGCCGGAUUCACAGAGAAGAUAAAGCCAUGACGAGUGAAAAGGCUAUUAACAAUGUGUAUUCUGUCCAAUGGAUGUGGUUGUAGAUGAGCUUCCUGAAUUACAUUCACAUAGAAAUGCUGUCAAGAAGAAAUGCUAAAGCUGUUUUAUGAAGAAGCUGGAACUUCCUCUGAAGUACAAAAGCAUCUGUAUGACAGGUAUUUUUUAUGUGAAUAAAGGGAGUGUUGGGGUCACUGAUUGAGGCUUAACCCACGCUCAGGAGGAGGUAGCCCUGGAAAAGACUAGAGCCGUGCCACACUGAAUGUUAUUGCACAUCAACUGUUGGAAGAUUGUGCUCCCAGGGAGAUGAUUCCACAUGAAGUCUCUGGGUUUCCUUCAGGAAUUAAAUGUAACUUCCUAUUCACCAGACUGAAAUCAGCUCUAGUCAGACAGUGAGCAAGUAGUGGUGGUCGGCGGGGGUGGCAGAAAGCAAAACAUGAAAUCUAAUCAAGAACGGAGCAAUGAAAGCCUGCCACCAAAAAAACGUGAAAUUCCUGCCACAAAUCGGCCUUCUGAAGAGAAGACAGUCGGACUGACAAAUGAAAACCACCGUACGGAUAGCUUAUCAUGGCUUUCCUCCACGGCCACAAGCCAAAGCAUCCUUGGUGGACGUCAUCAUGGAUCUGUUGGAACUUCAGUAGAAGCUGGUUUACCACAGGGGGUAGGUUUACAUAAAUCAAGUUCAGCUAGCAUGGACUAUUCCCCUACCAAUGCUCCAAAGUCGGUACCAGCAGCAACAACUGUUCCUGCCAUUUACCAGACAGUACAAUCGCAGUCAGGAGCUUCAAUGUCUCCUGUGCAAUAUACUAGUGUGCCCCCAACUUUCCAGUUCAUUGGGCCACAGUAUAGUGGAACAUCAUAUGCAGGAUUCAUCAAUUCACAGCUAAUUUCACCUACAUCGAAUUCCUCAUCAGGCGCUGUAUCCUCGGCAGCAGGUGUUGCCAUUCCAUCCCAACGCUCACAGAUGGAGGCUUAUUCCACUAUGCUGGCCAACGUGAGUAGCUUAAGCCAGCAGGGACAGAAAAUUGAAUCGCACAUAGAUAGAACUCCUGGAUUAAUUACAGCAAGAUCACCGCCUACCCAGCCAAGUCAAUAUGUUCAUAUUUCUAGCUCUUCACAGAGCGGAGUCAGAACUCUCUCACCUCCAACCAUACCAGUCCACCUACAUACUCACCCUACUGUUAUUCCACAUACCCUCACUCUUAGUGGCCCCUCUCAGGUGGUUGUGCAGUACUCAGAUUCAGGCGCCCACUUUAUCACUAGAGACCCCACAAAAAAGGAUGAGAGUUUCAGGCCACAAGCCAAGGAGUUAUUAAAUGGGGAGAUGGAGAAAGUUAGGAGAUUUUUAGUACCCUCCUCUACAGAUGCACAUCUAAUGAAAGCAGGCAAUAAUAAACCAGCUUCCCAGCAUUAUGAGACAAGGCCUGUAGUGGUGCACCCAAAUACUGAUUACAGUACUCGGGAUCUCUCAGGUGUUCGUACGUCGGUCAUGGUAGUACCUAACAGCAGCACGACUGCCACAGACAUGGAUGUCUCGCAAACUAUAAAGAGAGAAGCAUCACCCUCUGCAGCUCAUAACAAGGGCAGCUUACAUUUAGGAAAACCAGCCCACCGGUCCUAUGCUUUAUCCCCACAACAGACUUUAUGCCAAGAAGGUGUAAAAACCGUUGCCACUUUAUCUCCCCACACGGUCAUCCAGACAACUCACAGUGCAGCAGAGCAACUUUCUGUCGGGCUGCCUGCUGCAGCCUUUUAUGCGGGUACACAACAGCCAGUUAUUGGCUAUCUCAGCAGUCAGCAGCAAACCAUUAGCUACCCUGGAAACUUGCCACAGCACUUGGUGAUCCCUGGCACGCAGCCCUUGCUCAUCCCAGUGGGAAAUCCGGACAUGGAAUCCUCCGGGGUGGGGGUAGCACCUGCUAUUGUCACUUCAUCUCCCCAGUUUGCAGCAGUGCCUCAUACAUUUGUCACUACGCCCAUUCCGAAGAGCGAUAACUAUGGUGCUGAGUCUCUGGCAGCACAAACUGCUUACCAGGCUGCACUCGUUCCAGCUCAAUUCCACCUCCCAGUGGUACAGCCUGUUGCUUCUUCUAUGGCAGCUGCACAAACACUGCCCCCUUACUUCACAAAAGGGUCAAUCAUUCAGCUAGCCAAUGGUGAUCUAAAGAAGGUAGAAGAUUUGAAAACAGAAGAUUUCAUACAGAGUGCCGAUAUUAGCAAUGACUUGAAAAUUGAUUCCAGCACAGUGGAGAGGAUUGAGAGCACCCAUAGUCCAGGCAUCGCUGUGGUACAAUUUUCAGUAGGAGAACAUCGGGCACAGGUCAGUGUUGAGGUUUUGAUAGAAUACCCAUUUUUUGUGUUUGGUCAAGGCUGGUCCUCGUGCAGCCCCGAAAGAACAAGCCAGCUGUUUGAUUUGCCAUGUUGCAAGCUGUCUGUUGGGGAUGUCUGCAUUUCGCUAACACUCAAGAAUCUAAAAAAUGGCUCCAUAAAAAAGGGCCAGCCUAUGGAUUCAGCUAGCAUCUUGCUGAAGCACCCAAAGAAUGACAAUUUGUCCGGAAACCGGCACAGAUAUGCAGAGCAAGAGAAUGGGGUUAAUCAGGGAAGUGCACAGUUGACUUCUGAAAACGGCGAACUGAGGCGUCCGAUAGGAUUAGCCUUUGAAGCCAAAACAGAAUCAGUAAAGCCCAGGGCAACAAGGAAGAGGAGGUGGUCCGCCCCAGAAACACGAAAACUAGAGAAAUCUGAAGAGGAACCACCAUUGACUCUUCCGAAGCCUUCUUUUAUUCCUCAGGAGGUUAAGAUUUCCAUCGAAGGUCGAUCUAAUGUAGGCAAGUGAAAAAAAAAACUUAGAGAGAAAAAAAGUAGGCUUACCCUUGUCAUUUUUAUUCAGAUUACUGUACUGUAGAAUAAAUAACCCAGUAUUUACAUGUUAUCAUCUUAUAUUAGGUUUAUGUUAUAACAUUUUAUAGUUGCGGCUGGUAUCUUGCAGGAGACUGUUGGUGCACACGUUCUUUCUACAAGUCUUUGUUAGUAGCCAGGUUGCGUGGGAGCUACUGAUGUGGCAGGAGUAUAAGCUUUCUGCGAACUUUAUGGAGAAGAAUGUAUUGAGGUAGCUCCCGUUAUGUCAUUGCGGGGUGCUACUUGCUUCUGCUUUUUUUAAUCAUUCAGAGAGGAUGACAAGGGAAAUGGAGAGAAAUUAGUCCACCCAUUUGUACUAGCAUAGCAUGCUGAUUUGGGGGGGAAUCUUCUCAUGGAUAGGUCUUGUGGCUUAAGUGCUGUGUUUAGCUGGGCCUGCGACAGAAGAAAAA